AGCAGCAGUGAGGACGGAGCCGGUGACCGAGACAAACGCUCCUUCUGCAGCUGCAACAAACUUUCUUCUUCUUUGUCCUGAUUUCUGGUCCGGCUCGGCUCGGCUCGGCUCGGCUUGGUUCUGCAGCGGCGGAGCGGAAAGUUUGGGUCCGGGAGCAGAAAGGAGGGACCCGGGCAGAGCGGGAUCAGAGACCGGAGAGCCGGUCCUGCUGCGGGGCCGCGGGUCUGUGUGAAACUCUGAAAGUGCAGCUGUUACAUAAGAGACACAAAGAAGACCUGAACCCGGACCGAGAGCUCCGGAACCCUGAUCCGGACUCCGCUGGACCGGUUACUCUGAGCAGGACGCACAUGGACGGAGCGGCGGUGUGCGCGCACGCGGGCCUGCAGCGGCUCUGAUCCGGUUCCGACGGUUCACAGAAAACAUGAAACUUUUGGACAGUUGGUCCCGGAGCCGGAUCGGGACCCACGCGCCGGUUUUAAGGUGAAGAAGAAGUCGGAUGGAUUAUUGAUCAUCAGUCAGAGAAUGAGUAUUGAUUAUUGAUCUGAUCAGAUCAUCGUCAGUGAGCCUCGGAGUCUUUGAUGUGUUCUGGUUCCGGUCCCUGCGGGUCUGCACGCGCUCACAGCUGAAGACAGGAGACGCGGAUAUUCGGCGGGACGCAGCGCGCCGCUCCGCCGCACAUGGAGCGCUCCGGGCGGCCGCUGCUGCCGCUGCUGCUCGGCCUCCUGCUCCGGCUCUGCUCCGCCGUCACUGACGACCGACUCAUCUCCGACCGGUACGCGGUCUACUGGAACAGCUCCAACCCCAGGUUCUUUCGGGGCGAGUACACGGUGGAGGUGGCGAUCAACGACUACCUGGACAUCUACUGUCCGCACUACGAGUGGGCGGAGGCGGCUGAGCGCAUGGAGCACUACGUGUUGUACAUGGUGAACUACGACGGCUACACCACCUGCGACCACCACAGGAAGGGCUUCAAACGCUGGGAGUGUAACCGACCACAGAGCCCCAACGGACCGCUCAAGUUCUCCGAGAAGUUCCAGCUGUUCACGCCCUUCAGCCUGGGCUUCGAGUUCAGGCCGGGCCACGAGUACUACUACAUCUCGUCUCCACAUCCAAACCUGGCUGGGAAACCCUGUCUGAAACUCAAAAUCUACGUCAAACCAACCAAUGAUUCGGUGUACGAGUCUCCGGAGCCCUUCCUGACAGACGACACCACCGGUGGCUGCAACAUCGCUCUGCCCCGCCUCUCCCUGCUGUCAGCUAUGUUGCUCGCCCUCCUCCUCAUGCUCAUCCUCACCUCCUCAUAGCACCUCCUGCUCCUCUUCUUCUUCCUCCAGUUGGACCGAUCGCCGUCUUCCCGUCACUCUGAGGAGAAAACCUGAGACAAGAAACAAAUCCAGCCCUCCUCUCCCUGACCUCUGACCUCUGACCACCUAUACCACUCAGCAGUGCAGCCAAUCAGAGGUGGCUGAGGUCACUGGUGGGAGGAGCCUGGAGCUGCAUACUGAGUCACUGCUGGAAUCAUCUUUGCUCUCUGAUGGAUGUUUCUGCUUCGACAGAGUCCAGACUCCCACGUUAAAUUUAACACUUCCCAACCUGACAUACAGACAUACGUGUUUAUGUAUGUUUGGUUGUUUUACAGUUUUACAGUAUAUUUAUCCAACUUCUGCCUCUUAAGUUCCUGACACUUGUUAGAUGUUUUUUUUAUUCUGCCGCCAAAAUGAAACCUGAGUUUCAGUUCAGAUGCCAAAACUUUACUUUGAGUAAAAGUACUUUGAGUCUAAAUACAUUUUUCUACAUAACCCUUUUUUGUUUUUCUAAAAAAAGCCAAACUUAAAGGACCACACCAGCAGUUCAACAUGUUUUAGGUGUUAACUAUGAAUCUACAAACCCUCAAAAUUCACAAGCAGUUCUGUCGUGCAGAUUCAAUCACAAAGUGUCGUCCUUUGGGACACCCAAAAACUAUAAUAACCAGUGCAGGCGAGGUUGUCAUCUUAUAUCAUGUCUGUAACAUUGCAUAAUGAUCAUGAUCCAUGAUAUUUUCUGAAUCUUACAAAAGCUUUUGGACAAGUUAAGAGAUGACGCUCUCACUGUCGAAGCCCCUAAACAUGAUGUUUCUUUAAUCUUGUGCCAGAACUUGACUCUGAGGCUGCUGUCAGCCCUAGAGUGGUCUCCUCUGGUCUGAAUCAGGGACUCAUGUUGUUCCAAAGUUGUAUAAUUGCCUAGAGUUGGUUCGUGUUCUCACGACAGCAUUUACAAGAGGACCAGAUCAAAUGCCUUGUGUGAGAAAGCUGCUCUUGAUUGGUCAGAAUUUCCAUGUGGGAAAAAUCCAGGAAGUAAAGCAAACGUUGAAGAAGAGUACACUUGCAAGAUAAAUGUGACACUUUCUAAUGUCACAAUGGAGGGACAACUACGCAGGUUGAUUUUAGCGCUGCUCAUCGUGGACUAUAUUGCUGUCAUUGUUCAUUUUAGUCAAACCAUACAGUUUGAAAACGAGGCGCGGCUCCAACUAGAAAACAAUGUUUUGAUGCAUUGGAUGUGCUGAAUGUGCAUAUUAAGGCAGUACAGGAGGAGGUGCACUGAGGGAGCAAACCAACUGGAGUUCGAUUGAACUGAACCAAACACGGCAGGUGUAAACGCACCCUAAACCUACAAAACUUUAACUUCAGGGUCUCCAAACAAGACGCUUUAUGUCCCAACUCAACCUUCAGGUGUAUUUUGGAGAUUUAAAUGUACUUCUUCAGCUGUUCCAGGCAGCGGCUGGUUUCAUGUCAGAGCAGAAUUACAAUCUUUUAACAGAGGAGCGUUGUUGGAGUUUAUUCCAUCACUGUAAACAUGAUGGAAUAAACAUUCACUCUGCAUUCAUUUAAUCUGACACUAUUGAUCUGAGGUAUUUAACCUGCGUCAUGCAGCAAUAAUGAUAAAAAGCCAGAGCUGAUGUUCUCUGUGAUGUCUUUAACAAUAUGAGCAACAGUUUGCUGGUAAUUUUUUAUAUUGUACAGUAUGUAAAUUAACAGAAAUCAAUGGCUGCCUGGAGAGAAAAAUACAUCAAAAACUGGGGAAAAAAACUUUAAAAUAAAUAUGGAAACCCUGAAGUCCCAAAAGCAUGCUUUUAAAAUAAAAUUAAAUACCUUAUUUCCUCAAAUAAAAGUCGGAUCUCGAAUAAUGGCUGGAGAAAUAAAACAAAGAAGGAUAAACUUGUGGUACCUGUUAUAUAAUCACAUGUACAUCUCGAUACUUUAAUAAAUCAAUGAAUAACGUCAUGUUAUUUACGCACUUUGGAGACCUCCUCUAAAACAUGUUAAUUUUCCAGCCAAACUAGAUUUUGUAGUAACGUACAUGUGCCACAAGACAGCCGUAGCUACUUUUGAUUUAUCGUAUAGGAACUGAGCAAAUAUUUCACAAUAAAAGCCUUGAUAGGAAAUUAAGGUAUUCUGUCCACUGAAAGGCUUUUCAUUUGGAAUACAUACAGGAAGUGUUGAAUUUGUUUACAGCAAAAUGCUGAAAAAAUAGCAGAUCAGAAAAGGAGGCUUCAAAAUAAAAUAUGACCAAAUAUUUUUAUCAAACAGUGUGAAUUAGAAAUGAAUCUGAUAUCCUCUGCAGCUGAGCUAAAUAAUGAACAGAAUAAUAUUUACAGUAUAUUCUUUUAAAUAUCCUACACAACAUAUUAUGCUAAUAAUUUGAUCUUGUUUACAAGCUUUAAAAAAUACAUUUUUAGGAUUUUAAAGGGUCCAUAAGUUCAGCUAAAACUUGCAAACACACUGAUGUGGUCUUUCAGUACAACGUUUGACUAAAUAUGGUACACAAUUAACAAAAUUCUUAUUUAAAUCAGGAAAUAUCUGAGAAACCAGAGUAAAUAUCAGAUUAAGCAGUCAGGGAGAUGAGCAGGUACAAACACCACUGACUUAAUGAAUCUUUUUGGUACCAAGUGACGUGAAAAACAAAUUUUAGAUUCGUACCAAAUAUUUACCUGAAACGCGGCGGUCAGUGGAGUCCAGCUUCAGUCGGUUUCUCUGCGGAGAAAUGAAACAUAUCAGGCUGAUUAUCAUCUUUGAUUCUUCAUCACAGCUCUGGACUUCUUCAUCAACAGACAGAAUAUCAUCAUCAGCAGCAGCAGCAGCAGCAGCAGCAGCAGCAGCAGAAACGGACUCUAACAGACUUCAGUCAGAGCAGCGUUCACCAGUUCUCUGUUCUGCUGCAGCUGUUAGUUGUAACCUGGUUUGUCCCACAACAUCAGUUUUAUCUCUGAGACAUUUUCACUGAUGAUACAGUCACAGAAACUGGACACAGCCGUCAAACACAACGCAGCAGCUCUACUGACAAAACUGCUGCUACGGCACAUCCAACAGAGUCUGACAUUUGAGUGACGACCGCUAAAAAUACUGCUAACUCUGACAUAGCUUCACAGUCACUGGGGACAGCCUAACAACAAGCUAAUGUAGCUUCACAGCUCAAUGCAGCAAGCUAAUGUAGCUUCACAGACCUACUGGACAAGCUAACCUAGCUUGACAGACUUAAUGGUAAAGCUAAUGCAACUUCACAGACCGACUGGAUGAGCUAACGUAGCUUUACAGACCGAUGGGACGAGCUAGGGACAAGCUAACAUGGCUUUAAAGAUAGACCAGACAAGCUUAUGUACCUUUACAGACAGUAAAGAAUAGCUACGGACAAGCUACGUAGCUUCACAGACCUACGUAAUGAGCUAACAUAGCUUCACAGAGUAACAGAACAAGUCAAUGACAAGUUAGCAAAUUCUCAGACCUACUGUCUCAGCAAUGUAGCUUAACAAACCUGCAGGGUAAGCUAAUGUAGCUUUACAGUAAAACAAAGUAAUGUUUUACAAUGCCACAGGACAACCUAACAAUGACCUAAAAUAACUUCCUAGACCUACAAGGGAAGGUAUUGUAACUUCAUAGACCUACAGUACAAGUUGACGUAGCCCCACAGACCUAGGGGAUGAACUAAUGUAGCUUGAAAGACAGAUGGGACGAGCUAGGGAAAAGCUAAUAUAGCUUUAAAGACUGACCAGACAAGCUCAUGUACCUUCACAGACCUAAUGAUAGAGCUAACAUAGCUUCUCAGACCUGCAGGACAAAUGUAACUUCACAGACCUGCAGGGUAAGCUAACGUAACUUUACAGUAAAACAAGGUAUUGUAGCUUCACAAUACAAAAGGACAAUUGAAUGAUGACCUUAAAUAACUUCCUAGACCUACAAGGCAAGAUAGCAUAGCGUCAAAGAUCUACGGUACAAGCUAACGUAGCUCCAUAUGCCAAUAGAAUGGGCUAACAUAGUGUCACAGUGCGACAGUACAAACUGAAUUGGGCUUUACAGACCAACGAGACAAGCCAACAACAAGCUAAUACAAUUUCACAAACCUACAGGGCACACAGGGCUUUACGGACUUAGAGCAUGAGCUAACACAGCUUUAUGUGCCCAUAAAACAGGCUAACAUAGUUUCACUGAGCGACAGGAUAAGGUAAUGACAAGCUCACAUAACUUCCCAGACCUAUAAGACGAGCCAGUGUAGCUUCACAGACUUAUGGGGCAAGAUAACGUAGCUUCACAGACCUAUAGAACAAGGUAAUGUAGCUUCACUGAGCAACAGGACAGCUUAAGACAAGCUAACAUAACUUUCCACACCUAUAGGAUGCACUAGUUUCACAGACCAGUGGGACAAGCUAAUGUAACUUUACAGACCUAUGGGGCAAGUUAGCGUAGCUUCACAGACCUAUAGAAUAAGGAAAUGUAGCUUCACAGAGCGACAAGACACCCUAACAAUAAGCUAGCAUAACUUUCCAGACCUACAGAAUGAGCUAAUGUAGCCUCACAGACUGGAGGAAGAGCUAACAACAAGCUAACGAAGCUUCACAUAAAUAGAACAAGGUAAUGUUGCUUCACUGAGCAACAGAACAACCAAAGACAAGCUACCAUAACUUUCCAGACCUACAGGAUGCACUAAUGUAGUUUUACAGAGCAGUGGGACAAGCUAACGUAGCUUCACAGACCUAUAGAAUACGGAAACGGAGCUUCACGGAGCAACAAGACAACGUAACGAUGAGCUAACAUUACUUUCCAGACAUACAGGUCGAGCUAAUGUGGCUUCCCAGACCAAUGAGACGAGCUAACAACAAACCAACAAAACAUAAGGACAAGCAAAGGAUGAGCUAACGUACCUCCACAGACUGACAGAUUAACACAAAAAGAAUUACACGCGUAAAUGUUCACCCUGAAAUAGAUUCAUUUUCUAAUAGUUUCUGUCGUUGUGGCUCAUUUCUGUGACCGUAAUCAUUCUGUUGAAUAAAGAAAUAAAUCAGAUGAGACUGUUGUCUCUCUUUCUCUCAGCAGACGGCCUUUUUUUCUGUAAAUCUGCCAAAGACUAUUAUUAAACUUUUCUAUUAGCGGGAAAAGUCAUACAGCAGCUACAGGGGUCAUCCUGGCCCCGCCCACUUCUGCCAUAGCGGGCGGGGUUAUGUCUAGGGGAGGAGUCAAGUCGAUUCUUUUUUUUCUAAAUCGUGUUGUCAAAUAAAAACGAAUGUUAAGUGCAAAACAAAAAUGAAACAAUCAAAAAUGGCCUUUUUCCCACUGGUGCUGAAUUUUUAGUGACUGACUGACUUGUUUUCUGGGAAACAGCGACACUGUGUGGUCGAGAAGACGCUUUCUUUUCUCUUCAUCUCUUCAUACUAUCCCUCCAUCUCCACUGAUGGAGGAGGAGUGUGUCCUUGUGUGUGUGGACGAGCAGGGGCAUGCUGGGAAAUGCAGUAUAUAUGUAAUGAAGGCACUGUGAUGGAGGAUGGACGGCAGAUGUAGCACUUGGACUCCUGUGGAGAAACAGACUGACUUUGUUUCCUCGUUUGGGACAAAAAGAGCGAAAAAUCAAGUUUUUAUUUUACGUUUGUGCCAUUUGUUUUUCUGUUUUAAAAAAUGUAGGAGAAAAUUCAUAUGAGAUAUGAAUUCAUGAAGGAAUCAGUCGGAUGUUUGUUGUUGUUGAUGUUGUUGCUGUUGUUGUUGUUGUUUUUCUCCUUUAUGUUCCUGCUUGCAUCACAAUGCAUUCUGGUCCUUGUAGUCCUGUGCUUUCCGGUUCUGUUGAGGUGUAAGGGUUCGGUGGGUUUUACGGUCCAUCGUCCUUUUCUGGGUUGAUUUUCGUGUGGAUGGAAUCCGUUUUUCGUGGCGUAAGAAAUGUUAAAGAAGCCGGAGGAAAGAAAAACUACAGAAAAAAGUUCUGAGUGGGAGUGAGACCUCCCUGCUGUCUCUGGUUUACAGUGUCUCUGAGAAGAAAAUGUUUUUCUACAUCCAAAUGUCUGCAUAAUCUAUUCUCUGAAAGACAAAAAAAUCUGUUUUUGUAUAUUUUCUUAUUGGAUGCUUAUAAAGUCCUGUUAAAGAAUGCAUUUAUCUGAUUGGCUAAAGAGCUAACGAGGGGUCAGAGGUCAGCGGGCCUCUUCAGGACAUUUUUUUCUGCGCUGCAUGAGCAGGAAAAAUUAAACUUAAAAAUACAUUUACUGAAUUAACUUUGAAGAUGAUUUCAGAGAGAAAAUGUUAAGAAGUGUAUGAAUCUGUGUUUGAUAAAUUCACCAAUAAAAAAAAAACUU